AUGGCAGACAUGCUGGAUCUUCGCGCGGCCGGGGUAAAGGAUUUCGCCAUCGAUGAGAAUGGGGACAAGAGCAUCCAUAAACUAAAAGGAAAAGCGAAGAAAAUGAAGCGCCGUGGCUUUGGCUCCAAAGAGGUGUCCCGAGCACGGAUGCGAGAGGAUUAUGACAGCGUGGAGCAGGAUGGCAAUGAACCUAGAACACAACCCUCUGUUGAAGGUUGGAUUCUAUUUGUCACUGGAGUCCAGGAAGAAGCCACUGAAGAAGAUAUCCAUGACAAAUUUGCUGAAUAUGGAGAAAUAAAAAACAUCCACCUUAACUUGGACAGGCAUAUAGGAUACUUGAAGGGGUAUAUUCUAGUUGAGUAUGAAACAUACAAAGAGGCUCAGGCUGCCAUGGAGGGACUCAAUGGUCAAUAUUUGAUGAGACAGCCAAUUAGCAUCGACUGGUGUUUUGUUCCGGGCCCACCAAAGGGCAAGAGGAGAUGUGGCCGAAGAGGAAGUAGGAGUCCAGAUCCGAGACGUUGUUGA